AUGGCCUCUCCUCUUCCUGACCUUGACUUCCCACAUUUUCCUGCCCCACCACCUCCGGCAGUGAAACCCCCGCCACCACCUCGCACCAUUCCUCCUCCACCUCCCCAUAUCAUUCCGCCACCACCUCCGUCGUCACCGCACCAUGGUGGCUCUACUGUUAUAAUUAUCAUUUUUGUCUCGUGUGGUUGUCUCCUUCUCCUUGCAUUCUUUGCGAUUGCUCUCUUUUGCAUCAUCAUCAAGAAGAAGAAGAAGAAGGAGAAGGUACAAGAAACCGAUAUUGUACAUGUUCAUGAACACUUGAAGGUGAAGGAGGCUGUUGUGAAGGGACCUCGUGGAACGGAAGCUAUGACGCUAGCGAUUGAUGAUGAUGUGGAUGUUGAUGAAGAGAUCCGCAAGGAGGAGAAAUUUAAAGGUACACAUGCUAAACUUAAAUCUGCAGACGACAAUCCUAGUGCCAUUGAGGAAGGAGUAUCCACUUCCCAUUCAAGUCAACACCAUCUGGGACCCGAACCCUGA